AAUUACAUUUUACAUUAUAUAUUUUCGUUUCAAAAAAUAACUCGUAAUUAUCAAGUAAAAAAAAAUUUAUUGUAAAAUGAGCAAGAAUAAUGGAGAAGGUGAGUGGGACCAAAAGUCGAAGCCUCUAAAUGUGGAUCGAUACAAUGUCUUGCUCAAAUGGUUGCGCGAUCAUAAGAUUCCUACCGAGAAGUUGAAUAAGGAUUUUUCCGAUGCGGUACUGAUGGCUAAGCUACUUAAAGGGAUUAUACCUAAGCAAAUCGAUGUUCAUAACUAUCCCCCAUGCAAUAGCCUAAAGUCAAAAUUAUUAAAUUGGGAAACGAUGAACACAAAAGUAUUCGCUAAGUUAAAUAUGAAACUAAGCAAAUCACUUACUGAAAAGUUGGCAAAAUCUGAGCCAGGUAAUAUUGAAAUAGUACUUAUGGAUGUUAUGUUGUUCGAAGAAGAGAAGCUGGCAAAUGCUAAAAAGGCCACUCAACUAGAAAUGUCCGGUACUUUGCCCGAUAAUGAUGAUAUCAUUAUGGUUAGUGUUAACAAGCAGAUGGGCGAUGCAAUUAUACAAAUUCCGCAGAAAAUGAUCAAUUACUCUUUGUAUGAGCAAUCUGUUAAGGAUUUAAAUGCGAAUAGAGUAUGUUUGACAGCUGCGCAUCAAAAGAUUGCACAUUUGGAGAAUUUAUUGGAUAUAACAAAUGCAAAUAUUGAUGAAAUAAUCAAACAAAUACAUUUGUUGUCCAACGGCUCACCAAGAGACGUUCACUAAGUUGAGGGAAUAGGAAAAACUAUUCAUUUAGUUGGUGAAUCUACACUUGAUUUGGUUUAAAUACUUUUAAUGUGAUUUUAAAUGUUAAAUUAAUUAAAAAUAUAUUUAGGAUGGGAUUUCUUGAGAUAUUCAUUUAUCAAAAUUCUGAUUAAAAGAGGUUUCAGAGAUGGAAGCAAAAUAAAUUUUUUUUCUU